AUGGAAACAGUUUUUACAGAGUUUCUUUUAUCAGACGAUGAUAGUGACAAUGACUGUGACUCAGAAAGUACAGUUAUAUUUGGUGCAGUACUACAGACCUUUCUGCAAAGAGAAAGUCGUGUUCGAAUAGACAAUUAUAUAUCUGAUGUUGUUGCCCAAUUUACAUCUGUUGAAUUCAGGAGAAUAUAUAGAAUAUCAGUUGACUGUUUUCAGCACCUUUGCCAGUUAUUGUCUACAUGUCAAGAAAUGUCAGUCAGGUCACCUCAGUUUGGCGGUAGGGAGAGAAUUUCUUUGGAGAAAACCGUUCUAAUAGCCUUGAGAUAUCUUGGACAUCAGGAAAAUGUGCGCAUUAUAUCAAAUAUCUUUGAUGUGGCCGACUCGUCUGUAAUUGUUAGUAGAGAUAGGUUUAUUUCGGCUAUUUUGAAUAACCUUAAGGACAGAUUUAUACGAUGGCCCUCGGGUGCUGCUGAACAAAAUGAUGUCGUAAGAAAAUUUAGAGAAAAGAGGGGAUUUCCUGGAAUCGUCGGAUGUAUAGAUGGAACACAUAUCCAUAUUAAACCCCCAACAGAACACCCACAGAGUUAUGUCAAUAGAAAAAGUUUCCACAGUGUUAUUCUGCAAGCAGUUUGCCUUCAAGAUAUGAAGAUUUCGAAUUAUUUUGCGGGUUUUCCUGGAAGUGUUCAUGACUCCAGGGUGCUACGACAAUCAGAUUUAUGGGACGAAGCAAACAUGGCUUGUGGUCAAAAUCACAUUUUAGGAGACGGUGCCUACCCGAUUAAGACCUGGCUCAUGACGCCAUACAGGAACACUGGUAAUUUGACACAAAUUCAAAAGAGAUAUAAUGCAGCUCAUUCUGCCACACGUAGUAUCAUAGAAAGAGUGUUUGCCAUGUUGAAAGGACGAUUCCGCAGACUACGGUACAUCGAAGUCCAGCAGAUUAAAACAGUGAACGAAAUAAUGAUCACCUGUUGUGUUCUCCACAACAUAUCAAUACUUGAUUGGGACGCUGCUCUUGAUAUGAUGGAUGACGAUGAAGAAGAUAACAUUCAACAAAACGUCAACAAUCUUCAAGGACCAGACCAACAAGGAAUUUUAAAACGCGAUCAAAUAGCUGCAAAUUUGCAAUAA